GCUGCCAGCCAAGAAGUAGUGCCAAGUACCGGGCCGAGCUCCCGUGCACCCACACGGCACCAGGCCUCCGCUUUUUCGGGGAGCAGUCGCACCCACCGUGGGGCGGUGGGGGCCCGGGGUGGAGGAGAGGAAGCACCGCGGCUGAGGGACGGGACGGGAGGGAGAGGGAGCCCGAGAGCCUCGGCGCGGCUCACCCGGAUGGUGCUGAAGCUGCUCACUGGGGGGGAGGAAAAAAAGGAAGAAAAAAAGAACAAGGCGGAUGCUUCUGCUAUAAACUCGUAUAUUUACUCAUCUUGACGCCUUUUUCAAUGCGAAUCCCCCAUUUGGACCUUUUGCGUUUCCCAGUGGACGAGCGACCGGGAGAACUGCGCACAGAGGUCGGUGAGUGAAGCUUGCUAUCCGGGGAACACCGACGCCGGGUCGGGCCUCGUUAGGUUCGGCUUCACGGUGGAGCGAGUGGGGGGGGGGGGAUGUUGGCGGGAUAAGUUGAUCGAACACGCAGCAGCAGCAGAAGAAGAAGCAGCAGCAGCAGGGAAAAGCGAAACAAGAUGGAGGAGGCUGCUCUCGGAGCUUCACGGCCGGCUGCGCAGGCCACCGAGGACGGAUCCGUGACCCGGCAGGAUGAGGCCCUGCUGGAGGACGAGAUGGAGAGGCUUUUGGAGGAAAACGACUACCUGAAGUGCGAGAUCGAGGAGAUGAGGGCCGAGAUGGACGAAAUGCGCGACACGUUCUACGAGGAAGACACGUGUCAGCUGCAGGAGAUUAAGCGCGACCUGGAGCGAGCCAACAAAAACUGCCGGAUCCUGCAGUACCGCCUGCGCAAGGCCGAGAGGAAGCGGCUGCGCUUCGCCCACACGGGGGAGAUCGACGAGGAGCUGCUUAGGAGUCUGGAACAGGACCUCAAGGUGGCCAAAGAUGUGUCUGUGAGGCUGCACCACGAGCUGGAGAAGGUGGAGGAGACCCGCGCCAAGACGGAAGAUGAGAACGAGAAGCUGAGACAGAGCCUCAUCGAGGUGGAGGUGACCAAACAAGCCCUGCAAAACGAACGAGACAGAGCCAAAGAGAAGAAACGAGGAGGUAAAGACAUUCAGAAGACUGACAAGAAAGCAGCACCGACUCCCACAGAGGAGGACAACGAGGACCUUAAGUGCCAGUUGUCCUUGAUCCAGGAGGAGGCCAUACUCAUGAGGAGGAAGACGGCUACCAUCGACAAAGAGAAGGAUCGUCUGGAGCAAGAGCUGCAGAAGUACCGCUCCUUCUACGGCGAACUAGACAGCAGCCAUCCCAAAGGCGAGGCCGGGGGGCCGCCCUCCACCCGUGAGUCCGAGCUCAAGCUACGCCUUCGCCUGGUGGAGGAGGAGGCCAACAUCCUCGGGAGGAAAAUUGUCGAGUUGGAGGUGGAGAACCGAGGCCUGAGGGCCGAGCUGGAUGAUCUCCGCGGUGAGGGCGAAGGGGAGGGUGGCUCCGGGGCCGGCGCAAUGGGCGGCACGGGCCGAGGGCUCGGGGACGACCUGACUGAGCUCAGACAGCAGCUACAGCUGGUGGAAGACGAGGCCGAGCUUCUACGGAGGAACCUUGCCGAUGCCGAGGAACAGAACCAGAGGGUGACCAACGAGUUGAACAAGAUGCGAUUCAAAGCCGGCACCUACGAGGGCGGGGCCCGGCACGGAGGAGGCUCGGGGGGAGGCGGGGUGGACGGGGUGAAGGCCGAGGCUCUGCAGGAGGAACUGAAGGCAGCCAGGCUUCAAAUCAAUGACUUAAGUGGCAAGGUGAUGCAGUUGCAAUACGAGAACCGCGUCCUGCUGUCUAACAUGCAGCGCUACGACCUGGCCUCCCACCUGUCCCUGCGGCCCAGCCCGAGGGACAGUGACGCCGAGAGCGACAGCGGAGGCGGGACUAGCGGUCGCCGCGAAAGCGAUGAGGAUUCCACGUCGUCCCGCCUGCUCCCGCCUCACCGCAAACGCGAGGGCCCCGUCGGCGGCGAAAGCGAUCCGGACGAAGUCAGAAACAAUAACGGCAGCAGUCGUUGUCCGACGCCCACCAGGGGUCUGCUCACCCCGUCGGGAUCAGAGGGGGCCGCCUCCUCCCCGUUGGCUCGCUACCUGCCCGGCGGCCGCUGCAGCCUGCGCGACAGGCAGCAGAUGAUCGACAUCCGCGUGGAAGCGGAGAGGCUCGUCCAGACCAUCGACCGACUCAUCGCAGACACAGCGGUGAUCAUCUCAGAAGCGAGGGUCUACAUUUCCAUUGGCGAACUGGAGCAAGGCGGUGAGGACGACGGGAGCCGGAUCAGGGAGCACGAGCUGCUGUAUCGUAUCAACGCCCAAAUGAAAGCCUUCAGGAAGGAACUACAGGCCUUCAUAGACAGACUGGAAGUGCCCAGGCUGGAGGACAGGGAGACAGAGGAGCCGCUGUCGGUUACCAAAAAGCACAGGGGAAAGCUCAGCACUUCCCUGUCACGUUCCCGUUACCCUUAACAGCCGACGGAGUAAGUCCCAGGAGAAGCCAGAGUACAGAGGAGAAGAUGAGGUUCAAACCCGGAACCUUUGACUGUGAGACACAAGUGCUAACCAAUGCUUGUUUUGGAGAGAAGGGGUACGCCCUGGACUGGUUGACAGAAAGUCGCAAUAAAUUAAUGCCUAAUAAUUCUCAUUGCUUGAUGUUAGUACAAGGUUGGGCAAGGAAACCUAAAUGACCUUCAUGACCUGAUUUAACCUUGCAUGGAAAUGCAUUUUGGAUUCAGAAGAGAUUAGGUCAGGACAGCCGUCAGCUCUUUGCUGUUCGACAAUAUGUUAUGGCCCAAACCCACAACAUCACCCCGCUGUCAUCGCUUGAAGAUAAAGCAGGGACAGUUUGUUUUUGUACCUGCCUUUAACUCCUUCAGGGCCAAUGUUCUCAUUUAUGAGGGAACCGCGACAGGUGGAGGCUUGCAAACGAGAAAAUUCUGACGCCCACAACGUUUUCCAACAGCGGGGCCCGGCAAUUAGAGGACGGGAAUUAGCAAAUGAGUGGUGAGCGGAUAAGGCAGAUGAACAGUAGCAACUGUCUGGCACGGCUUCGAGUUACAGCACGAGUUGCGCUGACAUUCCACGCGUUUCUCUCUCGUUAAACAUCCUGGAAGUCAGAAGCCAUUCUUGGAAUAUUUGCUCACUUGACUCAAUAAUAAUAAAGUUAUGAGCAUGCUCAUGGAACAAAAUAAACUUGUAUCUUAAAGGCAUAACCAAGAAAAUAAAGUCCACGCCAGUGUCUUUUUCCUGGA